AUGCAGACGACCGCAGACGAAGAGCGGGAAGUGGCGACAGCGUCAGCCGCACUGUUUGAUGGCGCCGACAGCAAAGUGCACUUUGAUGAAGAGGGCAUGGACGGCUCGGAUCUGCCGCCGUCGUUUAUACUGCCCCUGCUUGGACGAAGCGACGAGGAGGACGCGCUGCCGAUCGCGCCUCGCUCAAGUCCGAAAGCGAUCGAGACGGGUAAACAGCUGGUAGAUGGCGUUCCUUUUUGUCAAGUUGAAGCGAAGUCACCAAUGGACUUGCAAGCGCAAGCUGAGUCGGGCGCAACGAAGUGUCUGGACACUUUACAGGACCAGGCAGAAGUCGAUGGCCAUCCUAAGCACAAGCACGAGGUCCCGUUGACCGGGACGACAACCGACCGACGGGGCUACCGUUGCCGCUUUGAGGACUGUCCCAAGUUUGCGCAAGCAGGAGGUUUCUGCAUCGCUCAUGGAGGUGGAUACCGCUGUCAGACGCCGUUCUGUGCGUUCUUUAACCUGCGCACGUGUCCAGACCACGGCGGCUCGAAACGCUGCGGCAUUGCAGGCUGCACGCGCGUCGCUCUUGGCGCGACAGCGCUCUGCUGUGCACAUGGCGGUGGCCGAAAGUGUUCCAUCAAGAAGUGCGACAAGUAUGACGCUGGACAAGGCUUGUGCUUGGCUCAUGGAGGCGGGCGCGACUGCAGGAUGAGUGGCUGUACGAAGAAGGCGAUUCGGUACGGUCUCUGCAGUGGCCAUGGAGGGCGUGCACGGUGCAAAGUGGAAGGCUGUGAGAAAUACGAUCGGGGACAGGGCAAGUGCAAAGCCCAUGGUGGCGGCUACUUCUGCAAGGUGCAGGGAUGUGGCAAGAAGGACAAAGGUGGCGGUCUCUGUGUUGCGCAUGGUGGCGGCAAGAAGUGUUACGUGGAAGGAUGCACGACGCCGUGUGUUGGUGGAGGCCGCUGCAAAGCGCAUGGUGGUGGUAGACGAUGCCAAGCCGAAGACUGUCGCAAUUGGGCUCUCAAUGGCGGACGAUGCAAAGAGCACGGUGGCACUGGCAAGCGCUGCUCACAUCGUGAAUGUGGCAAGCACGACCAGGGUGGCGGCUAUUGUCUUUCACACGGUGGCGGCUUCACCUGUACGUUUCCAGACUGCACGAAGAAACAGAUCCGCUUUGGGCGUUGCUGUGCGCACGGUGGCAAACCGCGAUGCACUGUAGCUGGGUGCGAGCGGCUGGGACAGGCCCGUGGGCUUUGCAAGGCUCAUGGCGGCACAAAACCUUGCAGCUUCCCGGAAUGCACACGUAAGGCAAAUAGCGGGGGCCACUGCAUUCGGCAUGGCGGUGGGGGGCGGUGCAAAACUGAAGGUUGCGUCAAGACGAACCGUGGUGGAGGCUACUGCAAGGCUCACGGCGGGGGCAAGAAGUGCGCUGUUCCAGGCUGCAACGACUGGGUCAUCGGUGGCGGCGCGUGUCCACAGCACGAAAUCUUCGGUGCAGCCGCUAUUGUGUCUGUGUGA